CAAUAGAGGGGGUCCUAACAGAGGCUCUAACACACAGAAGCUCCACAGCCCAGGUGAAGCUCGCCGUGGUCAAGACCUCCCUCCGGAACAGGAGCACAGAACCGGGGCCUGUGCAGAGGGGCGCAGAACAGUGGCCAGAGCGGGAGAAGAACCCAGAACUGUGUCACAUGAGGAGGAACCCACGACUAAGAAAGGGCACGGAACGAUGUUCUAUGAGGGAAAUUGAAGGACAUGCACCCAAGAGGAAGACCUUAGAACCCAGUUCCAUUAGGCAGAAUAUGGAGCCUGUUCCGGUUAGGGGAAACGGAGAACCUGCUCUGUUUAGGAGCGCCACAGAACCGGGGACCCUGCAGGAGAACCUAGAACCCACUCCAAAAAAGAAGAGGAAGGUCCAUCCCUCUGGCUUCAAGGGCAGAGGCCAUCUGAAACUGUCCGUCUCACCUGAGAAUGGCCGUCUCUUUGUGCACGUCUUGGAAGCCAGGGGUCUUCAGAGGAGCCGCUACAGACCAUGUGACUCAUACGUGAAGCUGGCCGUGGUGCCUGAUGCUGACCACACCAAGCGCUGGAGGACUAGAACCAUCCUGGACUGCAGGGCGCCGACCUUCAACGAAACCUUUGUGCUGGACCUGGGAGUGGAGGACCACCUCAAGAGGCUACUGGUGACCGUCUGGAACCGCAGCAGGACGUCCAGACGCAGUGACCUCUUGGGCUGCAUGAGUUUUGGAGUGCGUUCGCUCAUCACUGCACAGAAGGUGAUUGGCGGCUGGUAUUAUCUGCUGGGGGAGGAGUUGGGGCGCAGCAAACAUCUGAAGGUGGCCGCCCGGCGCAUCAAAAGACCUGCUGAACCGGCCGUCUCAAGCCAUGUGGGAGCCCACGCCGGACCAGACCCAGCCAGCGCCGAGAACAUGCAGUCCCUCAGCGUGACCGUCCUCAGAGGAAAAGAUGGCUAUGGAUUCACCAUCUGCUCAGACUCACCAGUGCGCGUCCAGGCUGUGGACCCAGGUCAGUGUGUGUGCUCAGACUCACCAGUGCGCGUCCAAGCUGUGGACCCAGACUCACCAGUGCGCGUCCAAGCUGUGGACCCAGAUGUGGACCUCGCCCACGCCAUCAGGAGUUGUCGUAGUGAGAUCACUAUGGUGGUGUGGCGCACAGGGCCCGUUAUGAAGCCCUACUUCGAGGGUCUCAUCCACCAGCCCUCCUACAAGACCUCCGCCUACGACACGCUCUCGCCCAUGGCCAAGAAAGUGGACAAGACGCCCCCUCUGCUGUCCAACCCCCUUGGCCAGAGGAACAGCCGCAAGAAGAAGUCCGGGGUCACAGAGGGGUCGGCGGGCAUGGAGGGGUCAGGGGGGUUCCUGGACGGAGCCUGGCCCUGGAGGGACAAGAGGGUGGAGGACAACGACUACAAGACCCGAACGACAACGCUGAAGGGAACGCGUGUGACCUCAUCAAACGGGGACAACUACAUCAUCCUCUCACCCGUCAACCCGGGCAACCAGAUAUUGCAGCCGGUGUAUUCUGACAACAAUGGCACUAUCGGAACGUUGGGGCGUAUCUACCAGACGCACCCCAGUCGUGGGAUGGCACAGAGUGGCCCGUUCAUGCCGGACGCUGCGGGCACCCUCUCCAGAGGCAAUGUCCGGCGCUCCAUGACCAGCAAGACCGUCCUGCCCUCCGUCCUGCCCUCGACUGCCCCGCCGCCCUCGACCUCGUCCUCAUACCGGCACAGCUUCGCCAACUACCAGAACUGCACCAUCGUCCAGUCACACCUGCCGCACUCCACCUACGGAACAUACGUGGCCAUGACCCCCAAGAUCCUCAUCUUCCCCGUCUUCGUGCAGCCUCUGGACCUGUGCAGUCCUGAACACACUCUGCUUCUCUCAGAGGAGAUGAUUCUUCACGACAGCAAACACCUGUCCAUCAAGGCCACAGUCUUCAUUUACACUGACCUGAUGCUGUUGACUCGUGAGGACGAGCCUGGCCGAUGUAACGUGCUCCAAAGCCCCCUCUACCUGCAUCAGAUGAAACUGCAGGACGUUCCUGCUGACAAGAUGCGUCUCUACAUCACACACAGGACUGAGAAAGGGGAGAGCUUGCUGAGCUUGGAGGCGUUCUCUGCGGAGCAGAAGCGGAGGGUUCUCCAGUGUCUGAGGGAGAACAUCAGCAAACAGCUGCAGCACAGGGACCGACUGGCCCGCGAGCAGCCCCAGCCUGUUGAGAGGAGUGUUGCGGGUCUCCUGCCGUUUUCCCCCGUGCCCCCCCCCGCUGACGCCUCCUGCCCUCCGUGUUUGCCCUCUUGCCCCUCGGCCUCCCCGGGGAUGGACCGCGCCCGCGCCGAGCGCUUCCUCUUCCCCAAGACGCGAUGCCCCCUAGUGGAGAGCGACCUCUGCCAACCCCCUGCCCUGCCCCCCCUCCCCUCCCUGUCUCUGACCCCCCCGCAGAGGGUGGAGCGGCCCCCGGGAGGCGCUGACGCGCUGCUGUGGAGGAGGAGGCAGGAGGAGACGGAGCAGGAGGCGCCGGUGGGGGAGCGGCAGGAGGAGGCGCAGCAGCAGCAGCAGCAGGAGGAGGAGGACGCGCAGCAGAGGGAGCAGGGCGAGGGAGAGAGCGCCUCGGAGACGGUGAGCGUGUGUGUGCGCCCCACCUCCUCCUCCUCCUCCUCCUCCUCACCCCUCACGGCGCCCAAGCUGUGCCUGGCGCACUCCUGCAGCGGUCAGCCCCUAACGUCCCCCUCCACCGACGAGGACGAAGACGAGGAGGAGGAGGAGGACGACAGCGAUGACGGCUACCUGACGAAGCGGUGCAGCGUGGCCGAGGCGUCUCCCGUGGCAACGCGGGGAGGUCAUGAGGAGCUGAUGACCGCUGCACACACGCUGCACCGGCGCACACACAGCGAGGGCAGUCUGCUGCUGGAGCCGCGGUCACCUCGCUUCAUCUCAAAGCCCGCCUUCAUCUCAGACCCCGCCUUCAUCUCAGACCACGCCCAGCGCUGCAGUGACCCCGCCCAUCAGCCGUCCUGGGCCCCGCCCUCUCCGAACACACUCAGGAAGCAGCUGACCUGCGGCCAGGGCUCCGCACACAUUUGCAUGCUGCUGACCGGGAGACGGGUGUGUACUGAGGUCACCUGCAGGUGUGAUAUGGGACGAGGAGGUCUCAAGAAGAAGUCCAAGAGCCUGAUGGACAGCCGGGGAUGGACGGAUAUGGAAGAACCGGCUGGACGUUUAGUCUUGAAGAAGAAGAAGGACCACGAGAGACGCAGUCGUGCGAGGAAGAUGGACAAGAUGCUCAAGUCUGCCCGGCCACCUGCAGAAGAAGCCCUCCAAUGGGGCGAGUCCUUCGACCAGCUGCUGGCUCACAAAUAUGGAGUUGCGGUGUUCCGUGCCUUCCUACAGACGGAGUUCAGUGAAGAGAACCUGGACUUCUGGCUCUGCUGUGAGGACUUCAAGCAGAUCAAGUCUCAGUCCAAGCUGGUCUCCCACGCCAACAAGAUCUUCGCUGAGCACAUCUCCAUACAGGCCUGCAAGGAGGUGAAUCUGGACUCGUUCACACGGGAGCAGACGCGGGAGAACUUGGAGAAUGUGACGGUGUCCUGCUUUGACCUGGCGCAGUCGCGCAUCUGCGGCCUGAUGGAGCGCGACUCCUAUCCUCGCUUCCUCCGCUCUGACCUCUACAUGGAGCUGACCAAUCAGAUGAGACCGAGCUCCAUGUCCGACCUAUCCUGAGCCUGUCCUCGCAUUGACCCCAAGCAUCACGGUGCCACCUUCACUACGCUCCACAACAUCUGGACGGGACUGCAGGGGUGUGUGUGUGUGUGUGUGUAGCAGCAGGCCAGGCUGUUGACGUGGGAAUCCUGAGUUGCAGGCAAACAUGAGCAAGUGCUGCUGCUGCUGCUGCUGCCAAUCUGUUUUUAGUCCACAGUGCCCCCCUGUGGCCCGGAGUACUGAUCAGGGAGAGACUCAGGCAGCAGGCUAACAGGAGGAGCCCGGAGGUGACAGGAGCCAGCGGAGGGAGAGGGAGGAGGAGUGGAGGAGGAGUGGCUGUUGGGAUGGCGUCUGUCAGAGUGACGCAGAGAGAGUCAAGGUCAUGUCGAGUCAAGGUCAUGUCGAAUCAGUGAGGGGGCAGGUGAGGUACUGUUUUUGGGAAGUCUGUCCGAUGUUUUGGCAAAUGGAGUUUAUUUUUGGUACAAUGAAUUAACCAGAAUUCCCAGCGACCCCCAUCAUCACCGUCCAGUCUGACUGAAGGGGUUGGUGACAUCUGUGUCCUCUCUGCGAGGCUCCGACUAAGGUUCUAACUAAGGUUCUGACUAAGGUUCUUUGGGUUCAAGCCUACGUGCAGCUGACCCUCUGAUCAUGCGCAGAUGAAAUGAGUUAUCUGCACUGGAUUGGAUGGGAAGUUGGUUCUCUUUACAUAGUCAUGGUUCUUUACGUAUAUCACACAGAAAAGCUGGUUAUUUCUUGCACACACUAAAAGUGGAGGGCAGAAAUGUUUUUAUUUGUUUUCUUUUUAAUAUAUUUUAACUUUUUUGUAUUUCGAUAUUAUAUUUUAAUAUUUUCACCCAAAUCUCGCCCUGUCCUAGUUCUGUUGUAUCUUUGCUGGAUCUUAGUGUUGGCUGUCCACUGGCUCUGAUCCGCCUCAAAAACACACAGGGUCAUCUUCAGCCUCAUCCUCAUCCUCAUCCUCAGCUUCAUCGUCAUAUCAAGUGCAAUACAGACGUUGUUAUUCACGAACAUGUACAGAGAGGGUUUAGAGAAGCAUAUGGCACAUGGGCGCUACUAAUGACUAAUGUAAACAGUCUCCCCAGAGGGAGCAGGACACACUACAGGAUCUAUAGGGGCAGCACUAACUGACCCAUUUCUAAUGUAAAUAUAUAGUGGGAACACACAUGCAUAGACUAACAGCUGUUUUGAGUCUAGCUGCAUCAGGUUUGUGUAGGAUGGAGGAUUUGACCCAGCCAAGGGGUUGUGUAUCUGACCCAGCCAAUGGGUUGUGCUCCAGGACAAGCACAAUAUAGACCCUUUCAACUAGAUAAACAAACGUGCGUUCCUAUAAAAAACAACAUUAAGCUAAUGGUAACUUGAGAAAAAAAAAAAAAAAUAAGUUUUUAAAGUCAACAUUGUAUAGGGCAAUACGUUUAAGUCCAAUUUAUUUUCAUUUCAAAGUGUCUGCGCUGGUUUUGAGCGUUUCCACCUGAAACCCUCUGAAAAGGUUGAAAGGGUCUAUAGUGGCGGUGUUGUUUGGGCCUGUUCACGGUUGUUUUUAGAAUGCGUAUUGGUGAUCCAGUCAAAAGUGGUUAGCCGAGAUGUUGCUGACCGCUUGUGUUUAGAUCCCACUUUUGCCAACGUCACAUUCAUUAGAACUCCCAUUGUCCAAGACGCAUCAGAACGUUAGCGUUUACAAUACAAAAGAUAUGUGGUCAAAGGCAUCAGAACGUUAGUGUUUACAAUACAAAAGAUAUGUGGUCAAAGGCAUCACAGGCCACCACGGCAAGAGGUUUGAGUGAUCAGAUCACAAUGAGACUUGGUGAAUGUUUACACCAAGUUUACACCAGUGUUUCCCAAACUUUUUUUCUGGGGACCCACUUUUUAAAAAUGACAGACUAUUGCGACCGAACUCAUGACUGUGGUAGUUAACAAACUAGAUCCUAAUAGA